AUCUACACCAUUAACCUUUCGCUACCACCACGCGAACGCUAUGUGUUGGUCGCCACUGAGUACGCUCAUGUUCUGCGCGAGAUGCCGUGUCUCUAUGACGAAGCAGUCCAGCACCUGAAGUUACCUAUUGGGUUCUUUCAUCUCUUAGGUCGUCUGUUCUUGCGUCGUCUUCACAGCGAUGAACAGACUCAGGAACUCAGGGGCAUUAGCGAAGCAUCUGGCGUGCCAAUGUACUUACUCGUCGCUUAUAACGUCUUUCUGGACCUGCUCAUGGGCUGCACGAGCGGUGGAGUCAUGGUUGAGGAUCCUGAAGCCAAGGCAACGAUGAUGCAUUUCCGAACGCUGGAUUGGUCUAUGCCUCUUCUGAGGCAAGCGAUUGUUCAGUUCGAUUUCAUUGAGGUUGUAGGCGGUGGAGUUAUAGCGAGCACGAUUGGCUACGUUGGUUUCGUGGGUGCACUUACAGGUGUAAGGAAGGGAUUGAGUGUCUCACUCAACUUUCGACCCUAUCACCACGCCCGUGGGAUGUCAGGACCUAAUAUCAAAUAUUACUGGAACACUCUCAUGGUACUUCUGGGGAAGAGACCGAGCAUCUCUGCCCUCAUACGCGAUUGCCUUCUACCUAGGCCGAGCGCACCUCGCAGACGGCACAGACUCUCCAAGAAGUCUUUACAAGAACGAAGAGAUCCGUCAUCUGCACUGAUCCCGCCAUAUAAUCUAUCUGACGCACCCAACAACAUCGCAACUAUGCAGACAUCAGUGGCGUAUUUGAUCUUCUGUACCAGCACAGACACCAUCAUCCUGGAGAAAGACUUCCACAGCGCUAGGAUUUUACGCUCAUCAACCUUUAUCAGCACCACUAAUCACGACGUAUCUUUGGAGUCUACAGCCAAUCCGCAGGCCAAUCAGAACCAGGCCGUCCAUACUCAGGGCCGGAAUCACAGCUUCCUCAAUGCCGGUAUGCAAGAAGUACUCGAAGAAAGCAUCAUGCGGAAACAGUGUCUUGAGCGAAAAUGGCGAGAAUGGACCCAGGAGCAAGGCCGUAAAGCGAAGCGAGGACAGAAUGCCGCAGCAGGCGUGAGUCCAGAGAAACUGAUUAAAUGGUUAAAACAAUACCCGGUGUGCAAUGAAGUUACACACUUUGUCUGUGUCAUGGAUCCAGCAAAAGGCAUGUUCAGGUGGGUGCGGGCUUUUGAGGAGGGCGAGAUACCGUUUCAGGGUUGA